AUGGCAAAGAAAAAAUCCGUGCCUACUGCUAAAAACGGCAGUUCAGAGGGGAUCCGCACAGCGGCCUCGAAUCGCAGGGCAUUCUUCGACUACGAGAUCCUGGAGCGACACGAGGCUGGGAUAGUGCUCACAGGAACCGAGAUCAAAUCGGUCCGCGCCGGCAAGGUUGAUCUCAGUGACGGAUACGCGCGCGUCCGCGACGGCGAGAUGUGGCUGCACAACACCUACAUAGCACCUUACGAUCCGGCGAGCCAGUACAACCAUGACCCCCGCCGCCAGCGUAAGCUGCUGAUGCACCGCGAUGAGAUUCGCAAGCUGGAAAGUGAGGUGGCCGAAAAGGGACUUACCCUCGUAGCGUUGCGGAUCUACAUCAAGCGCCACGUUGCAAAGGUGGAGCUCGGGCUUGCCCGCGGCAAGAGGCAGUACGACAAGCGCCGCACCAUCAUCAGCCGCGAAAUGGACCGUGAGGCCCGCCGGGCCGUCGGCGCCGCCAGAUAUUAG